AUUAAUUGUAUUAAAUGGUUCAAAAAGGGCCGGUUGGUUAGGUAAGCCAGCCAUAGGUCACGCAGCCAACGACUUCGCAACAUUUACGGUCAAGUUUCGUAGCAUUAGAUUAGGAUUAAUGUUGGUUAAAUUAGUUGUGUUAAAUGGUUCGAAAAGAGCCGGUUGGUUAGGUAAGCCGGCCGCAGGCUACACAACUAAUGACUUUGCAACAUUUACGGUCAAGUUUCGUAGCAUUAGGUUAGGGUUAAUGUUAGUUAAAUUAGUUGUAUUAAAUGGUUCAAAAAGGGCCGGUUGGUUAGGUAAGCUGGCCAUAGGCCACGCAGCCAACAACUUUGCAACAUUUACUGUCAAGUUUCGUAGCAUUAGAUUAGGGUUAAUAUUGGUUAAAUUAGUUGCAUUAAAUGGUUCGAAAAGAGCCGAUUGGUUAGGUAAGCCAGCCGCAGGCCAUGCAGCCAACAACUUCGUAACAUUUAUGGUCAAGAUUCGUAACAUUAGGUUAGGGUUAAUGUUGGUUAAAUUAGUUGUGUUAAAUGGUUCGAAAAAGGCCGGUUGGUUAGGUUAG